CGGGAAGACAGCGCGCCGCUGGAUAGAGGAACAGGAGAACACGUUCUUUCCUUUGCUGCCUGCGUGGGGAACGCAGAGCUGGUCCGAGUCUUACUGCAACACGGAGCCGAUGCAGAGGCCAAAGAUUCCCAUGGAAACACCGUCCUCCACAUUCUGGCCUUACAACCCAACAAAAUGUCUGCCUGUCAGAUCUAUGACCUCAUCUUGGGCCAUCACAAGGAGCAGUUUGGGCCCGGUUUAGAAGAGAUUACCAACAAUGAUGGGCUGACCCCGCUGAAGAUGGCGGCAGUAGAAGGUAACACCGUGAUGUUCCAGCACAUUGUACAGAAG